UGUUUGUUCAGGCCUAUCACCGCGAGCAAGGCGUGAUAGAAGCUGAAAAUUUCCACUUAAUGCGAAGUAUUGCUCCCAAAUUAUUCGAAACCUGGACAUGAAGUUUUACGUCUUUGUUGUAGCGUUAGAAGGAAUACUUCUAGGCUUAGCAUCAGGUCAAUUUAGCUCACUUAAUUUACAAGCCGCAGUUGGAAGUUCUUUUUCUGCUGUUGGUGGCAGUGAAGUGUUUGAAAAUGAAAAUAUCGAAGUGGAAGCUGGAAGUUCUAUCCUUGCAAAUGGCCAAUCUCCUUUAGAAGCGAACGUGAAUUCACCGAAUCUUCAAAUCAACGAUCUCCUGAAACUACUUCUUAACCAACAGCAAAAUGUUAACACGCCAUUAACUCAGCAACAGCCACAAAAUCCAGUCGCAAACGGAAACUUUCCUUCGCAAAGUCAACAGUCUGCUAUCCCUGAAGCAAGUCCUUGGAACAACGCUGCUCCGCUGCUGACUUCAAAUUUACCUCAGCAGCCAUACAACUAUCCCAAUUAUCCGCCGUUUUACAAUCCAUCAGAUUAUUUCGCAGGAAUUCCUCCUGACUAUUUUCCAGCUUUGCCAUCAGACUACUAUCCAGGCGGGCCGUUUCCUUAUGACUAUCCUCAAAAUCCAUCAUAUAAUUAUCCAAGAAUUCCUCCAGACUACUUUGCAGGAAUGCCAUUUCCUUAUAACUAUCCUCAAUAUCCUUCAGAUUUUUCUCCUUACGAUUAUCACCCGGAUGCGUCUUUUAAUGAUGCCUACUUACCACAAGUCGUCGAUGGAAAAGAAUCCCUCAAUGAGCUCUCAAAGCAGCCGUUGGACGAAAAACCUCAAGAAGAAGUAGAAGCCACAACUAUAGGUAAACUUGACUAUCAAA